AUGUCAAUGCUGCGAACGAGGACCCUGCAGGAAGUGUUCGAGGAAUCGAAACAGGUUUAUCAGUUUGGUUAUAGCUUUCAAAAAAACUUUGUAUUUCAGGUUAUCCAGCAGUUAACAGAAGAGGAGAUCACUGAGUUCAAAGAGGCUUUCUUGCUUUUUGACAAGGUAAGAAGCUUGAAAUUGAGUGAAAAAAUUGAGGUUUUUUUUUCAAAACUAACUACGCCUAGGGUUUUUAGAAGCGCAAGUGAUAAGUCCGGUUGAUCUUCUUUUUGAAAAAUCAAAUUUUUAGCACAAAAUCGACUUUUAGACUUUUUUUGGCUCCUUUAUUGAACAGGUUAUAAAGUUCAAACAAACUUAGAACUCUAUAUUUUGCUAUAAAAGUUUUGUUAAUACAAAAAAAUAUUGCGAACUUGAAAAACGACCAUUUAAGGACGGCAAUGGAACGAUUUCAAUCAAAGAAUUGGGAAUCGCGAUGAGAGCUCUCGGCCAGAACCCAACAGAACAGGUGCUCCUCAUAAUAAAAAUAAGAUUCGAAAAUUAAAAGCUCAUAAACAACCUAUUGAUCCUCUGGCAACAAGAAACAAAUGGAAACGACGAGAAUUUAAUCGGAGCUUCAAUUAGCAAGCCAUUAAACAUCGGCAAAGUGAAAAAGAGUUGAGAACCAGAAAAUAGCGCCUUUUUUGUUGAUUGAAAGAAAUAUGAAAAAAUAAUUAUUCUGAAUUUCAAAGCUCAAAAUACCCUUUUUUGAAAAGAGGCUUUUGAAAUUUUUUGAACGAAGGUUCGAUUUCAGAAUUCAAACUUUUUUUGGAAUUAUUAUGAAUUCAGCAAAUGCUGGAGAUCAUCCACGACGUCGACCUCGAUGGAAAUGGCCAAGUCGAAUUUCCAGAAUUUUGUGUCAUGAUGAAAAGGUGGGCACUUUUUUAUUCAAAAAUUAUUUUCUCCUUAAAACUGAAUAGGUUUUUCGAAGAAUAAUAUCGUUCAGAAAGACUUCAAUCAUUCAAAAAAAAACCUUUUUAAAAGGACUGGAAAAAAAAAAUGACCGCUCCGGGCAUUGAACUCUAAUUUGAAAAAUGAGUUCAAAAAUUGAAUUUGGUCGAGAAAAAACUCCACUUAGUACUAACAAGCCUAUGUUUAACGGAGUGAAUUCGCUGACCUUUUUCCAGCCUAGCUUCACCGCUUUGAAAAAUUUUUUGAAAAGCCAUGAAAUACGUGUAAAUUUUAUUUUGAAAGAAAGAAAAUAUCAAAGAGAUUUGAAUAAAGUUGAGGAUUUUUGAAGGAUCUGAAGAUUUUUUUCAUGAUUUUUAUAAUUUUCGGAAUUCAGCCAAAAAAUAUUCCUAGGAGCCACAGAAAAUUCUGUAAUGAAGUAAUGUCACUGUUUUGUGAUCCUCCUAAGGUUAUCAGAAACAAAUUUUAGAAAAUCGAGGUGACAUCAAAAUUGGCAACUAGAAUUCUUAUUUCCACUCAAUCUGAGUUGAAACUUGUCGAAACUAAACUAUAGAGAGACAAUUUACCAAAAAAGGAAGGAACUAACUCGACAGGUGUGGCUCAUUUUCCGACGCUUUCUCGAAUUUCAUCAAACAAAAUAUCAAAUUGUCGUGGGACAAAAAAAUAAACAAAUAAACAUGAUGUUUUUGAGUGAAAGUCUUCAGAACGGUGGGAAUUUUUAAGUUAACCUCGUUCGCAACGACUGCGGCGAUACAAAAAUGCCGAUUUUUCCUUUUCCGAAGAUUACUGUAUGUGAAAGUCCGCAGUUCGCGUGUUUUCACAUUUUCAGUGGCUCCAACUCCGCGUUACAAUAUAUCCAUUUUUAAUUCGAAAUCUCUAGUUUUUUCUUAUACUGAGCCAGAAUGAAUAGUUCAUCUAAUCCAACUGUUUCUUAUAGUUUUAUUAAUCCAUUUUAUUUAGAAAAAAAACUGUAAAAAAGGCGAAGAUGGAGCCACUCACAAGGAAAGUAAUUUUAUUUUGUGGUUGGGAAUUUCCUGAAAAUUGGUCGAAACACUCCUUAAAGUACCAAAAAAAAAUUCUGAAAGUCUCAACCUGCACAACUCCUUAAUUUUUGAAAGAGGAGACCUCUAACUUAAGAAAAAACAUACAAAAUGCGUCAAAAAGGCCAUUUUUAGAGCUUUGAGCCCUUAUAUGUUGAAAACUAGGAAGUUGUGCAGGCUGAGACUUUCAGAACCUCGAAUUGGUACUUCUCGGGAUGUUCUGACAAGUUUUCAGAAAAUUCCCAACCGCAAAGUAAAAUGACCUACCUUGUCAGAAUGUGCAAACACGCGAAGUGUACACGGACUUUCACAUACAGUACUCUUCGGAAAAGGGAGACUCGCCCUUGUCGUAGCACCCUUGAAACCGUCUGGCUUGCCUCUUUUUUUUCCUUGGAAAAAAAAACAAGCAAAGAGGGAAGUUUCGAAAAGAAAGCGGAAAGAGCAGACAAGCCAGCUUGAUCCAAGUCGUGGUGAAUGAUUAUACAACUGGAAGAAGGGUGACGACUGAGCCUAUUUAUCCCUCGGAAGUCACGAGUUUCCCUUUAAUUGACCGUAAAACCAAUGUUUCUUCGAAACGUACAGCAUAAUCCUUUCCCACCACGCCCAUCAAUUAAUCAAACAAUUAAAAACAAGUGCAAAUGGAUGUGUCAUUGUUGAAAAAGUAAUUUUAGAGCCUACGUAAGUCACUAUUCAGUUCAAGUUCCUUCUUUACUUUCCCCGAAACUUCCUUUUCCGAGGUUAUUUGUGAGUUUCCUGGAAACUUACGAUAAAGCUUCGAAAAUAAAUCUCUGCUUUUUAUUUUAAAAUCUGAGAGGCUCUGAAAUCUACGAACGAAGAUUGAACGAAGAUUGAGAGAAAUUUAAAUCCCUUUUUACCGCCAAAAUGCGGCGCAACCGCGACGCUUCAACCAUUCUAAAUAAUUAUUUUCUAAAAAAACUUAAAAAUUCGAAAAGUCAAAAAAACUUGAAGAGAAAAUGACUCAUUGAGCAAAAUGGAGAUAAUUUUCAACCCGAAAAUUGAAGGAAAAUCAGAAAUCAAACUAAAAAAAGCCGUUUUCGGACUUAAUUUUCUCGCCAAACUCCAAUUUUAUUAUUUUUCUGCGAAACCUGAAUGAAAGUCUGUUGGAAAAAUUACUUGUUUCGGUUAUUUCUAAACUUGAUUAAUAAUAAGCCCAUUUUUAAUAUGGAUCGACUUAUAAUCUUAAAAAUUUUUUUAAAAAUUUGUUAGGCCUUAGUUUCUUUCAUAAACGAAUGAGGUUUUGAGAAGACCUUCGACGAAAAUUCAACAAAAAAGAAGCUUGUUGAAACGUUUCAAAAAGGUGCAAAAAGCUCCUUCCCUGCUUAUUAUUCUCCCCUUUUCUGGCAGAUGACUCUGUUUAUUGGCUCUAAAGUCCUCCCUUUUACAAGGAUUUUUCUUUUCCGUGUUGCUUCGACCUAUAAUUACCUCUUCUAAUGACCUUUCGACUGAAAAAAGACGCUAGAAAGUUCUUUAAAGAGCUUCAAAAAGCUUCAAGGUGACUAUAAAGUAGAGCCAAUUAAACCGCAACGCUUCAAUGAUAACUCUGCUCGAAAACGUUUCAAAAUCUAGAAAAUCGAUGAUCAAUCCAAGGUUGGACAUCUGGUUCCGAAUUCAAAGAAAAAUGAUUUUUUAUCACAAUUUAGUUAGAGUUUUGCAGAAUCAUGAAAGACACCGACUCGGAGAUGAUUCGGGAGGCUUUCCGCGUCUUUGACCGUGACGGUAACGGCGUCAUCACGGCCAACGAGUUCAAAGUCUUCAUGGUUUGUGGAAUUCACCUUGGGAAGAAGCUGGAGAUGUUCAGGUGCACAUGGGGAUGCAGUUCAGCGAGGCCGAAGUCGACGAGAUGAUGAGCGAGGUCGAUUGCGACGGUGAGCCAUUUCUAGGAUCUGAAUAUAAUUUUUCGGUAUUCAUUUAAUUAUGAGAGGGACUUAAGAACUCCAAAGUGGUAACUAUAUUGAUACUCUCAAAGGCUUCCCUCUAGCGACCACUUAACCUUUCCCUAUAGGGGCCACUUUUGCACCAAAUAUCAAUAGUAACCGAUUUUAAGUUUUUCUUUUAAAUUGUCAAAUAUGACGAAAAGUUAAAAGCCUUAUAGCGACCACUUGAGCUUCAGGGCCUUAGGGUCAAGUCCUAAACCCCUAUAGGGACCACCUGAACCUCUAUAGGGAAAACUUUUUUUGGGGAUUUUUUUCCCUGGACCCCUAUAGGGAUCACUCUGACGUCUUCUAAAAUAUUCACUGGAUUCUUCUAUAAAAACAUAAGGCUCAGAUAAUUCAUUCGUCAUAAUUGGAAAAAUCUGGCCUCUCUGUAACUUCUUAACUUAACAAGUGACUUUAGAGGCCUUCUAUCUCUCUUCAAAACCUUCUUGUCUGAGAAAAAAAAAGUUGAACUUUCCAAAGAUCUGCCGAUUCAAGAGGAAAAACUCGAUAAUUGCAAGCAAAAUUCAAAUUUUUUUAACCUCUCUCCUUCGGCAUAUGUUUUUUUUGUUCACUUUUCCUUCAAGCCAGCUGAUUUUCAGGUAACGGCGAGAUCGACUACGAGGAAUUUGUCAAAAUCUUUGUCAACCUCUGA